AUGGAUGAAAGUCUCCCUAGCAGGUGGGAGAUAGAGCUUGAAUUUGUUCAAUCUUUGGCAAAUAUGCAAUAUGUUAACCAUUUGGCCCAAAAUAAUUACUUAAAGAACGAAGAGUUCUUGAACUAUUUGAAUUACUUAAAUUACUGGCGAGAGCCCGAAUAUGCAAAGUAUUUGGUGUAUCCUAACUGCCUUCAUAUACUUACAUUAUUACAGAGUGAACAAUUUAGAACAAACAUAGUGAAUCCAGAUUUUAUGAAUACUAUUAUGAAUGAUAUGGUGAAGAGGUGGCAGGACCAAGAGGAAACCUUUUUGGACAAACCUUCAACUAUUGGGAUUUCUGAGAAGGAGCAAAACGGCAAUACGAAUAACCCUACAUCAAUGGCCUCAACGAGCCCAGAGAGUAAGCAGAGCUAA